AUGAAGUCGCAGAAUGGUUUGAAUGCGAAGGAAGAAUUGGCCGGGAGUGCAAGGGACGGCCGCGUUUCAGCAACAUCAUCUCCACCAAUUCAUCCCGAGGCGUUGAAGCCGCCGCCAGCACCACCCCUCAAGAACUCCAAGACGAAGACUCCUGAACAGUCAGCCUCCUCUCUGACAAUAUGCCGCAACAAGCAUUGGCGCUACAUAUCUUCCUUCCACGGACCGUGGCUUCAGCUACCCCCAGAAGUCCUGGAAAGCCUUGCAUAUAGCAACUAUGCCUCCCCCCGUCCGAAGCCCAUUGACCCAGCCGUGUUCUUUGACCUCGUGAAGAUUCGCCGUUUGAUCGAGGAAGCUACCGAUCUGGCUGUCCGUGCGGCUAACGGAACCACGUCGUCCGCGCUCAGUAACUCAUUAAAUGCUAGCAAUGGAUUAUUAAGUGGUGGAAAUAGCGGGGUCCUGGGGCUAGGAUUAGGAGGACGAGGAGGUGCUGGAACCGCCAAAUUGAGCAAGGAGCGGAGGCACAGGAUGCGGGAGCAUGCUACCCAGAAGCUCUCUCGAGCAUACCAUCUGGAUGAAAUUGCGGCCAGCGUUGCUACCAUGCAAUCUGCUUCCGCGCUGGAAGAGGUGGCGAAAAUGGUACUCCAGCGGAAUGAAAAAGACUGCGAUGCUAAAUAUGUUCACUUUUUUCAUGAGAAGAUCCCUUCUCGAUCUCUCGCGCAGUGUACAACUCUACUCCCCUUGGACGAGGUGAUUGCAAACGGACCCCGCGAGGGAGCUUUUUACCGAACAAGAGCGAUUACAAGAGUGUUUAAGGAUGAUUUUGCCGGUGCCGCCAGAGAUCUGACGGAAGGUUUAAACAUUUGUCGACUCUAUGCAGCACAGCAUGGAACCGGCCAGGAUCAGGUGGAGCUGGCAAGCAGGAACAGGAGCGCGCCAUCAUCUCCCAGGUAUUCCAGGUAUGACUUGAAGGUAGAUGAGAAGUUUCAGCCAAGCAGCUUGGAACCUCAACUCUUAUUUCAUCGUGGAGGGGUGUACCUGGCAAUUGCGUGCCAAAAUAUCGAUUUGGCGCUUGAUGCACUAAAAGCUUCUCAAAAUGAACAAAUGUCAAAUACAAAUACAGAUGGACAAGGUAGCAACACGCCCACAUUGUCUCCCGCGGGAAAAGAAGCGUAUCGCCGAUGGCUCGAAGCGCGAAGAAUUGUCAAGACUAAUGCUAAACGCGCAUUGCGUGAUUAUCUGAAUUUUCUCUCACACCUCGACUAUACUGCCGGACUGCCAACUGAGAUUGCUGAAGAACUUCUCCACAAGGUUCACAUUACACCUAGUGGACAGAGAAAGCGGAGAGGCUCCCAUACUCAGGCCAGCAGCACUCAAGAGACUGCUCACGCAACUGGAGGUAACAUAAGCUCACCUUCAAUGUCUCCUAGUUCCGGUGACUACCGAGGAGCUCAAGACGAAUACCCACUUCCUCCCGUAGAAGUAUAUCCGCUCUCUGUUCUGUUCUCUGAACAACUGUUGCUCAAUCUUCCCCCUUACCCCCCGGACUCCGAGGCGUUGGUACCCGCACGGCAAAAUGGGCUGGGGAUAUCGUCCGCUCACGACGAUGCGGUUCUCCUCGCAAAUCAUGACUGCCAUGAAGCUGUAACCUAUCACCCGUUACUGACCGAUGCCCUUCAUUCCCUCCUUCUCUGCUACCCUCUCAUUCAAACAUCACCUAAGGAACUUCGCCGGCACGCCCACAUGGUUGCACGCUUAUCCCGCGUUUGUGACGGGUAUCCAAUUUUCCUUGCACCUCGAUCGCCCGCGCGGGCAGAUUGGAUUGAAGUCCUUAACCGUGUGGACAAUUGGAUCGGACUCAAGCAAUCGUGGGAAGCGCUUUGUGCCCCAUCCCCACUUCCAGGCCACGCAGGAUUGGAAAAGAGAGAGGUGAUCCCAGAGGAAGCGCCGGAUCAUCGAAAAGGCAAUGCGAUCAUGGAAGCAUUGGCUGAUGACCGUGUUCAAGACGAAGAAAGCUUUCUUGCGGCGGUGCGAGGGCGCGAGAAGAGUACUAAGAGCUGCCGCAAGGAAGACAACGGCAGGAACGCAGAAACGGGAGCAGCACCUAAACGCUGGGCACAGGAAGAUAGUAAAGAGUAUCCUACUAGCACAGAACGGGCGGAGUGUAUCUCACGCUGGAUAAGGGAGGCGCCAAUAUUCACGGGUGAUGGCAAGAGGAAGGGCAAGAGACGUAAGGGUCCGGCUCCAUUGGAUCAUAAAGUCACUGAGAGUCCCUCUCUCGAGGAUAGCAUCCAUGAAAUGAGCGUUGGCGAAUACGAUGGUAUUGAUUAUUAG